AAUACACCUUCAACCAUUGUGACAUUAACCAUUUGUGAUCAAUAUUUUAAGAAAGAGGAGAAUAUUGUAAAAUCAGAAUGAAACUGAUACUUGCUUUGUCUCUGUUUCUUGGAUAUGUCACUUGUCAGACUAUCCAUGGUCAUGAACUGAAAGUAUUGGCUCAGAGUCAGUUUAAUGGCUUUGAUCACAAUCACAAUGGUAUUCUAGAGAUGGACGAAUUUGAAGCUUCUGUCCAUGGCACUGACACCAAUGGUGAUGGAAACGUAACUUGUGCUGAAUAUGCCGCUGCAACUUCUCAGCCACAUGCUCUAGCACUUGAGAUUUUCCACCAUUAUGAUCAAGAUGGAGAUUGUAUCAUGAGUCAUGCAGAUGCAUUGGCUACACUUCGUCAAAUCGACUCAAACGGUGAUGGAACUGUGAAUGAACACGAGUUUGAACAUUAUUACACACAGAUAAUGAAGCAUCUUGGACAUAUUCCUCACGGCCAUAAUGGAAGAUAAGGUGGGAGGAUCCAAGUCUACCUCUGUAUAAAAGUUUUAGUUAUUAAAUAUGUUUCGGUUGA